UGUAUGCACACUUUGCUCCCAUCGCUAUAAAAAGCACAAAUAGAGGAGGUCGUUCUCUUCACCUGUUUUAGCCAUAGCUCGAGCUCACAGCCAUGAAGGUCUUCGCAACAUUUUUGCUAUUUCUCGGAGUCGCACUUGCGUGUGACAGCGACGAGUACGACUGUGGUGCCGGGAACGGCUACUGUAUCCCCGACAACUGGGAGUGCGACGGCUGGGACGACUGCUCAGACGGCGUCGAUGAGUCUAACUGUAACAGCGGAGGUACCGGUCCCCAGGAACCUGACUGCGUCUUGGCCCACCAACGCCCAUGUGAUAAUGGCGGCUGUGUGCCUCUGAACUGGGUAUGUGACGGCAUGGACGACUGUGGUGACAACAGCGACGAGGAGAACUGCCCAGGCGUCGACCCAGGUCCACUGACCCCAACUCAAUGCUCUAGCACCCAGUUCGAGUGUGCGAACGGCCACUGCACCUACGCCUCUUGGGUUUGUGAUGGAGACAACGACUGUGGUGAUUGGAGUGACGAGCAGAGCUGUUCUGGUGGAAAUCCAGAUCCCGAUCCCGGAUGCCCCAGUGAUCGGUUCGAGUGCGACAAUGGCCGCUGUAUCCUGGCCCAUUGGGAGUGUGACGGCUAUGACGACUGCAGCGACAACAGUGACGAAGACCACUGCCCUGGCGGCGGCGUUAUCAACCCAGUUGUGAACCCCGAGACACCCUGUGGCGGGCAGCUGAAGGAAGAUGCUGGAGUCAUCACCCAUCUGAACUAUGACAACGGCAUGGACUGCGAAUGGGAGAUCUCCGUGUCCGAUGGCAACUACGUGUACAUGGAGUUCACUUCCUUUGAGCUGGAGUCCGCCAGCUCUAGCAGCGGUACCUGCAAUUAUGACCACGUGGAAAUCUAUGAUGGCCUUUCCAAUGACGCCCCUCUUCUGGCCAAACUGUGUGGAGAUGAGCUGCCCAAGCCAGUCCAAAGCACGGGGAACCGCGUGUCCGUCCAGUUUAAGAGUGACGUUAGCAUCACUAAGGACGGUUUUGAGAUGAGGUACUAUGCUGUUGCUAUCGAUGACGGCUCUGGGGAGGGCAGCGGCUCCAAUGUAGUGGACGCACGCGACCAGGAUGCCUUCAUCUUCUAAGCAUUUACAAGGGUUUUGUCUUUCUCAUCAGCUAGGGAAACAACUUGAGAUUGUGAAAUAAAGGCAAAUAUCAUUUCAACUCGUCAUUUUGCUACACUUAUCUUUAAAUUAGAAGCGUGUUCUUUGGUAACAGAGUGACACGUAGACAUUACCAAAUUACCAAACGUCAAGAUCAUAAAGUAGACGGACAUGGAGAGAAAAGCUGGAAACGGUUCUAUAAAUUUACCUACCUUCUAGUUCUGACCUACAUUAGCUAUUUUCGAGACAAUGUUACAAUUUAACCGGUAGAAACAUUGGUUAUCUUGUUGUCACACAAUAAAUAAACAUUUCCUGCUCCUGAUGGCACAGAUGUUACUGUUCUCAACACACCAUGGUGACGAAACAUGCGAGAGUCAUCAAAUAAGACACCAUUACAUAACUCGUCAAAGAAUUUAUUUAUUACCAAAACAAAUGUAUGUCAGACAUAGCAGCAAGACAUUCUUGUCUGUAAAUUGAACCAAAAUGUUAUCUAACCCAUAGCGCGUCACCACACCUAAUUUGAGGCUAAGUACAAGCAUAUAGGAUCUGAAAGUCAUAAUCAAUACACAUAUAAUAUUAUGAUCAUUACCAUCAUUACAAUCCAAUUCCUGUAAAGCGUGAUGGAUAUAAUUCAAAAUAAAGGCAUAGAUGAGAAAAUG